AUGGGUGACUAUAUCAGAACUUAUCAACGACCCGGUAGCGGUUCAAUGAUUCCAGAAGACAUUGAUCCAUGUUUAUGUACCCAUAUUAUUUACGCAUUUUCUGAAAUGGACAAAAAUCAAUUGACACCUACUGAAAAAUAUGAUACUGAUGAUAAAGAAAACGAACUUCCAGGAUUUUUUGAACGUUUUAAUCAAUGGAAAGAAGUAAAUAAACAUUUGAGAACUUUAUUAGCGGUUGGUGGAUGGGAAAUGGGUAUGAAAGACUUUUCAGCUAUGGUUAAACAAGAUAAAAAUAUCAAAAAGUUUGUUGAUACAACAAUCAAAUAUUUGAGACAUCACAAAUUUGAUGGACUCGAUUUAGAUUUUGAGUAUCCAGGAGUUGAUUGGAGAGGAUCAGAACCGGAAGAUAAAAAGAAGUUUACAAAAUUGUGUCAAAUGUUAUUUGAAGGUUUCAAAAAAGAAGCAGAAGAAACCGGAAAUGAAAGAUUACUUCUUACGGCUGCCGUCUCAGGUGCCAAAGUAAACAUUGAUAAAGCAUAUGAAAUUGAUUUAAUUACACCGUAUCUUGACUGGUAUCAUCUAAUGACGUACGAUUAUCACGGGAACUGGGAUACGAAUGCAGGCCAUCAUAGUGCAUUAAAUGGCAAAGAAAGCAGUGAUCAAAUGCAUAUUGAUUUUACCGUAAAAUAUUAUGAAAAAUUAGGUGUUCCAAAAGAGAAAUUAUUAAUUGGUUUAGCUACGUAUGGUCGUGGCGAUACUCCAGCAAUGCCCUAUACUGGUUUCAAAGGAGAAAAUGGUUUUAUAUCAUACUAUGAGGCAUGUACACAGAUUACAUGUGAAAAAUUUAAAGAAACAUGGGAUCAAAAACAGUUGAUACCGUUUGCUGCUGGUCAAUAUAAUCAACCAAAAUUCGGUUUUGAUAAUGUGAGAAGUAUGAAAUACAAGGCUAAUUAUAUAAAACAAAUGAAUCUUGGCGGUGCUUUCUUUUGGACGAUUGAUAAUGACGAUUUUACGGGUAAAUUUUGUUGUCAAGGCAAAUUUCCACUAAUACGAACAGUUAAAGCAGUAUUACACGGUCAACUAAAAUUGUUACCACCGGAAAAACUUUGUGAAACAUGUCCGUCAAAAGAAUAUAAAGAUGUCAAAAAUAUAAAAAAAACAACGGAAAAGGCAAAAAGUAAAAAACCUUCAAAAACCAAACGUGAUGCAACAUCUGAAGCACCAAGUGCUGAGGAUGUAUGCGAAGAACAUAAUGAAGGAUCAUGGCCAGAUCCAUCCGAUUGCACCAAAUAUUAUCUUUGUCGAGGCGUUGGAACCCCAUGGGGUGAACAAAAACGAGAAUCAUGCUAUGCUGGUGCAUAUUUUGAGCCGAAUGAAAAAACUUGCAAAUGGGUUGGACAAGAUAAAUUGAAUUGUGAAGAGUUGAUUGAAGGUUUUGAGAAUGGUGCAGCAGCCGCGGCAACAAAAGCAGCCUCGACAAAAGAGAACGAAGAUGAUGAUGACGAAGACAUAACAUUAGAUUCAAAUAUUACUUCUAAACAAAAAAAAUCAUCAUCAUCAUCACCAUCUAAAAAAGGAAAAUCCUCAACAAUAACUCGACGAAAUGCAUCAGAAUUCGAUACAUGCUUACCGGACAAACCCGUUGAAUUUGAUCCAGUUCAAGUGUCACUGCCCAUUCAAAGUAAUUAUUUACGAGCAAAUAACAAUAAUUACCACAAUGAUGGCUCUCGAGCUACAACUCGGCAACAACGGUCAGCGCCACGUGUUGUCGAACAAUUACCACCCUCGUACAACUCCAUAGGACAUGCAAGACGGCAAUUUCCACUGUUAACUCCAAUUACACAUCCUAGAAUAGAUCGCUCGACAACGAAUAUUACACCCUCGGUGUAUAAUGCUAUGCCUCCAAGUUAUGCUGAAUUAUUUCUAACGUCCGAGAAUAAAAGAUGA